GACAGAAUCAAGCCUAGUUUGUGAUUCAUGAAUUAGAGGCUUGUUCCUUUGGUAACGACAAUCAAUACAAACAAAUAAGGUGAACGACCCUUCAAUCACUAUUUAGUAGGAGAAUUCAGGAUAUCAGUUCAUAAAAUGCAGACGAAUCUAUAUUUUGAUAUUGAGAAAACGCAAUGGCCUAUAAUUUAUAGAGAUGAAUAUAACGUUCAUUUAUUCGGCCUUGAGAAUUACUUUCCGUUUGAUACCCAUAAAUGGAAAAACAUUUUCAAGAUUUUAGAGAAACAACACCUACUUAAUGAAAAGACAAUAGUUAAACCAAAAGAAGCCACCAAGGAAGACUUAUUAGUGACACAUCCAAAGAGUUAUUUGAAAAAAUUGAAGUUCAGUUUGUAUGUUGCGUUCAUAGAGGAGUAUCUUCUGCUAUGUCUUCUACCGAACUUUAUGAUCCAGAGAUAUAUCAUGAAACCAAUGAGGUUUCAAACAGGCGGAAGCAUACUAGCAGGCAAGCUGGCGUUAGAAAGAGGGUGGUCUAUAAACCUUGGGGGCGGUUUUCACCACUGCAGUGCCCGAAAAGGUGGUGGAUUCUGCAUCUACGCUGACAUAACCCUCCUCAUCCACUUCCUCUUCAAGUACUACUCAGACAGAGUGAGAAAAAUAAUGAUUGUGGACUUGGACGCACACCAAGGCAAUGGACAUGAGAGAGAUUUCAAAAAUAACCCGAACGUUUACAUUUUGGACGUCUUCAACAAAAAUAUAUAUCCGAACGAUCACGAGGCCAAAAAAACGAUAAGAAGAAAGGUUGAACUUGAUUUCUAUACCCAUGAUAAUGAGUAUUUACCCUUGGUUAAAGGGAGUAUAAUCAUGGCACUUGAAGAAUUUGAUCCAGACUUGAUAGUGUAUAACGCUGGAACCGAUAUUUUGGAAGGUGAUUCCCUUGGAGCUUUAUCAGUUAGUGCAGAGGGCAUUAUAUCAAGAGACGAACUGGUGUUUCGAUACGCAAGGGCAAGACAUAUCCCUUUGGUGAUGCUCACCAGUGGUGGCUACAAAAGAAGAACGGCAGGCAUAAUAGCUCGUUCCAUCAUCAAUUUGUUCGACAAAGGAUUGAUUCGAGCUCCUUGAUCUUUAGAAAUAUAAUUCCGAUAAGAAUAUAUUGUUAGGCUUUAUUGCAAUUGUUAUCAUGGUAACUUGCCAUCGAAAAGUUAAGAAUUUACGAUGAUUUGUUUUGAUUCUGAAACCCUUUCUACCAAUCCAAUCGCAUCUAACAUGUUGUAUAUUAAAUUAAAUUAUAUAAUGCGAAAGAUUGAGAUGGAAACUGCAAAAACUAGUUGAAUUUCAAUAAAAUAAAGCACUAUAAGUUUCA